AAUAAAGUCGUGAGAAGAGGAGCGAGUUUUCCAGCAGCAGUGCAGGCGCCGUUUGUGUAAAUUUAUUCCUUCCCAAAAUUGCAUAUGGAAAUUGUGGAUCUUGCCGAUGAAUUAAACUCUGAAGCGAUUGCUGUCACCGGAGACUAGAAUUACAUCAACGGUCCAUCGAAGCAUGAUUAACUGAGAUGCUGGAAUACCUCUGCGAAGAAAAGUGUUCUUGUGAAGAGUAAUGAGACAGACUCCCAUCGUUUUCCCUGUUGGUACAUUUUCGGGCGUACGGAAAUUGUUUGUGUUAGUGUCACGGAAAACGGAAAAUUGUGAAGAACAGAUCGUCGAUGAGCAAGAUCAAAGGGUGUGGAAAGGAGAAUGAAAACAUCUGUUAGUUUGGUAUAGUGCAAUAACAUAAAUAUACAAUGCAUAUGCGCUGAGAAAGAGGAAGUAACUAACUUGUUCCGUGAAACGCUUAAAAGUUGAGAACUGUUCGCAUUUCCAUUUCUAAUACGGAAAGUAUUCUUAUAAGAUUACUGUUUAGAAAAAGUAAAAAAGUGUCAACAAGCGUGCGAUCGUCAGAAAUUGAUCUUGUGAACAGCGGGAACGAAGGUUUGUUUUGGGAGAGGCCAGUGUGCAAGAAUUGUGAACGGAAAUGGGAUGUGCAUCAUCAGCUGAGGAACGUGCGGCGAUUGCUCGCUCGAAACAGAUCGAACGCAACCUCAAGGAAGAUGGAAUACAAGCGGCUAAGGAUAUCAAAUUGCUGUUACUGGGCGCUGGCGAAUCUGGGAAGAGCACAAUCGUUAAACAGAUGAAAAUUAUUCACGAAAGUGGCUUCACGUCAGAGGAUUUCAAACAGUAUCGACCGGUAGUGUACAGUAACACCAUCCAAUCUCUAGUAGCAAUAUUACGAGCUAUGCCAAAUCUUAGCAUCGCAUUUGGAAAUAAUGAACGAGAGUGUGACGCAAAAAUGGUGUUUGACGUGGUGCAACGGAUGCACGACACGGAACCAUUCUCGGAGGAUCUCCUGCUAGCGAUGAAAAGGCUGUGGUCCGAUUCCGGCGUGCAGGAAUGUUUCUGCCGUAGCAACGAGUACCAGCUGAAUGAUUCCGCUAAAUAUUUCCUAGACGAUCUGGAUCGAUUGGGGGCGAAAGAUUACCAGCCCACCGAGCAAGAUAUCCUUAGGACACGUGUCAAAACCACUGGCAUUGUGGAAGUGCAUUUCUCAUUCAAGAACCUGAAUUUCAAGCUGUUCGAUGUCGGCGGGCAGCGAUCGGAGCGAAAGAAAUGGAUCCACUGCUUCGAAGACGUCACCGCCAUCAUUUUUUGCGUUGCCAUGUCGGAGUAUGAUCAGGUGUUACACGAAGACGAAACCACGAACCGCAUGCAGGAAUCGCUGAAGUUGUUCGACUCCAUCUGCAAUAACAAGUGGUUCACGGAUACCUCAAUCAUUCUGUUCUUGAACAAAAAGGAUCUGUUCGAGGAGAAGAUACGGAAAAGCCCGCUAACAAUCUGCUUCCCCGAGUACACCGGUGGACAGGAAUACGGCGAAGCUGCGGCAUACAUCCAAGCGCAGUUCGAGGCUAAGAAUAAGUCCACAUCCAAGGAAAUCUACUGUCACAUGACUUGUGCAACGGAUACCAAUAACAUCCAGUUUGUGUUCGACGCUGUUACUGAUGUUAUCAUAGCCAACAAUCUGAGAGGCUGCGGUCUAUACUAAGCGCGGUCCUGGCAAUUCUUUUUAUUUCAGUGCUGCGCGAUUUAGUAUCGGAACCGUCGGAGGGUUAUGCAUUUGACUAUAAUCAUUACAACAAGGUGGAAGUUUAAAAAAACCUAGUAAGAUAAUACGCAAAACAGAUCAGGAAAAAAACUAUUGGUUAGUACUCCAAUUGAUUGGAAGUCGAGAUUUGAGUGACACGGAUCACAGCCGAAAUCGUGAAUGAAGCUAGAGAGAGAAGAGAGGCUCUAAGUGAGAAAAUGAAAACAAAUAUGAAUAUCAGUGUUCACAACAAACAACAACAAAAAACUAGUAUAUAUUUUACUAUACUUUAAGUUUGCUGAAAACGUACACACACACAUACGAAAGCAUUUCAAGAAGAAGGGGGAAUAUUUUUACUAAUCCCAGUUCAAAAACAAAAGGAUACAUACUUAGCACAACUAUUAGAAGAAAUUCAUUUAAUCGCUCACAUAUAAAACCUACAUUAUAUUUAAUAAUUAAAGUCAUUACCAACGUUUCACAAACAUAAUUUCGUGCGAAAAUAUUCGUAGCUCUUUAAACCAAUUAUGUAUACAUCUAAUACCUCGUUAGGAUAUUUUAUUUAUUUUGACAUAGCUUAUUUAUACGAAACAAAGAUUUGGAUUCACGAAUUCGAACACAAUGAAGUCGAACAUAAAUUUCAUUCUCAAUACAUUCUAAUGCCUUCAACGAACAUAGGUAGGAAGUGACGCAGACGCAGGACGGUUUGGUAGGCUGUUAUCGAAAUCUCGAGAGAGACAAAAAGCAACUGUUGUAUAUAGCUUAUUUAUUUAUUUAACUCUUUCCUGGCGAUGAAUCAUGAAGCAUGUUUCGAGUUCGAGUUUUAUCCAAAGAUCUACGCUAUGAUUGCUUUGCAUUGAUACGCACUGUUCUGCACAAAUUCAAACCCUCCGCUUCGCUUCGGAGAUUCGACCCAUAGAGACCUUGAACACGAUGAUGUACAUACAUUCCCUGUCAUCAAUAGUCAAACAUCCCAAAGCAGUACCUAAAACUCUUUCGCUUUAAACGACUAUCAUUGAAUACAAACUAAGCGGACGAAGUAUUAUCUCGCGUACAUUCCUAUGAUGUACACAAGUGUUAGCAGAGGCUAGAUUCUGAUAACAACUCAUCAAGUUUGCUCUCUGAAACUUCUGUAUACCAUCUCUUCGCACAAAUGCGCAUUUCGUUUUCCAAAAUGCUUUUCCGGAAUGAAAACAACGCGCACACGCAGCACGAACGUUACGACGCGCGACAUCGCCAUUCAGAUCUGGUCACUGAAAUAAAGAGGAAUGCUUAGUGGGGAAGUGGGGGCAAAGUGGUCACCCUGAGGAAGAUUCCAAUUUGAUACAUUUACAUAACGCGCUACAAUCCCAGUUUUUUUGAAGAAUACUGUAACCUCACUAAUUGUUAUUCAAGAUAGCGAACGGCUUUUAUCAUACGAAUUAAAAAUAGUACAUUUCGUACGUAUCAUACUAAAUGAGAUAGAUCUAUGCGAUGUUUUUCGUCCAAGCUUGUCUUAUACCUACAAAAACUCAUUAAAGAAACCAUUGGUAACCAUAGGUUGAUUGGAGUGUCCGCUUUUUCCAGGAUUUAAAACCAUUGUCUAUCGAAACUCCUCUAAUAACACCAGCCAUAAGUGACGUCUUCAGAAGCAGCAUCUGAUAAUGGUCUAUCACCUUCAGCAAACAGUACAUUGUUGUGAAAAUUCCUUGAAAUUUCUAGAGAUCGAAUCGUUUUCACAACAUUAUUCUUCCUAUGAACCCAUUUCCCCAACUGCCUGCCGCACCGAUUCUCACCAAGCCCUGUUCAAGCUGGUCCAACCACCACGUUCGAUGGACUCCUGUUCUUCUUGUUCCCACCGGAUUCGAUGCAAACACCAUCUUUGCAGAGUUGCUGUCCGACAAUCUUGCAACAUGCCCUGCUCAUCGCACUCAUCCAGCCAUAGAGUUGCGUCAGUUAGUGGUUCAUUACUCCGUUUCCUAUACACCACCAUAUAUUGUUCUGAGCACUCGGCGAUCGAAAAUACGAAGUGCUUGUGAAUCCUCUUCGAGCAUCGUCUAUGCUUCAUGCCCGUAGAGAACAACCGGUGGUAUCAGAGAUUUGUACAAGGUACACUUCGUUCGGGGUCGGAGUUUGUUGGACCUUAAGGAUUUGCGGAGCCCAUAGUAGGCGCGACUUUGCAUCUUCGAAAUUUGUGGCUGUUGUUAUUGUCCACGUCGUCGGCGAAGCAGACAAACUAGGCUACACUCCCGCAUGUUGAAGCCCGUUCUCCGCAACUCACUUUCCAGCGCCACGUUGGAGAGCAGACACGAGAGUCCUGCCCGCUGCCUUCGGAGAGUCACGUCGAUGUUCUCCUGUAUCCGUUCUAGGAUAACUUUGCACAUAACUUUCAAAACAAUACACAGUAACAUGAUGCCUCGCCAAUUAUCGCACACGGUCGUAUCCUCCUUCUUGGGGAUCUUCACUAAGAUGCCCUGCAUCCAGUCGGCCGGAAACGUUGCAGUGUCCCAGAUAUUCGAGAAUAGUUGAUGCAGCAUUCGUGCGGAUAGCAUGGGGUCAGCUUUGAGCAUCUCUGCUUUGGGAGCUUUGUUGGAUUUCAUACACCGGAUAGCUGUUUCGAUCUCAUGCAGCGAUGGAGCCUCGGAGUUGACACGAGUGAUGCGUCGAACCCUUGGCGGAUCCUGCCGAGAAUUUGAAGGCUGAUUGGACGUCGAAACUUGAAGAAGUUCGGAGUGCUCAAACCAGUGUUUCAGCUGGUCUGUGGGGUCGGUGAGUAUGUGUCUGGUCGUGUCUUUCACAAGCACCCUUGGAUUCAUCCUAGCUCCGCUCAGGCGUCGUGAGAUAUCGUAGAGGAGGUGCAUAUCGCCAGUUGUAGCGGCUUUCUCCUCUUCGUCAGCCAGGGAGUCCGCCCAUGCUCGCUUGUCUCGUAUACAGAAGCGUUUAAAUUCCUUCUCCAGCAUACCGUUGACGGGCUUCGUUCUUGGCUCCUCUGGUUUUUACCUGCUCAAUCACUUCCAUACGCUCCUCAAUCUUCCGCCAGGUUCUAUCCGUGAUCCACUCCUUCCUCGGAGCGCAGCUGGCCCAGGUUAUUUCCACUAUUCUCUAUGAAGGCGUUCUUGAUGGCUGUCCACUGUUCUUCUACGUGGCCACCUUCCGGAAUAUCUUCUGCUCGAGUUUCAAGUCCUUCAAAGAACGACCUCUUCACAGUUGGAUCUUCUAGUCGGCGUAUGUUGAAUCACCGUCCAAGCCUCUCCACCAGUCGCUGGAUCCGUGCAGGCGGAUCUCGCCAACCAGAAGGUGAUGGUCAAACGCGAUGUCGGCGAAAAUAGCAGCAACGUACAAAACUAUGACUAAAGGGCUACCGAAAGAACGAUUUUUGUUUUUCUGUAUAUUUUGACGACUUUACUGAUGUACAAGGGCUCAAAAGACUUGAAACUCUUCAAACAUAACGUGACUAUCAAUAUGGCAUCAAUAGUCAAUAGUUAUCCUGCCAAACAAGCAGGUGACCACUUUGCCCCCACUACCCCUACUCCAAUGUUUACCAUAAAAUUUUGGUUUUUCAAACAACUUGAGUGUAUGAUUACAUACAGGUACGGGACGGGAACUACAACACGUAGACAACAUACAAAAGCAAAGUGAGCUUUGACAUUAUUUGUGCCAACUUCAUAGAAAGAAAACAGAUAUGUUUGUACUAGAUUUUGCAACUUAAUCAUUUUUAUUGUGUUUCCAGUAGAACGUUUCGUAUUAGCUCUGUUCGUUUCCACCUUGCCAAAUCCCAACAUAAACUGAGUGAAAAUCACCGAUACACGAUAAAACGACCAAAAGAAUAUCUUGUAGCGGGUGAACAACUUCGUACAAAUGAUGAAAAUGUUAGAACCAAACCAUGAGAAUAUUUUUUCGCCUUUAUUUUUCUAAACUGUUGUUUCGAACUCUUAUUUCGAAAUAUGUUUGACAAUCGUACAACAAUGUUAUUGAAUUGCUCUGUGCACAAAGUCGUUUCACAAUUCAACGCACCCUACCCAAAUCAAGCAAAUUGAGAUACACCGCGCGACAGGCAAAUCACUAUUCUUUCUCCACCGUUGAAACAAAUGUAACACACAAUUUAAUUCUAGUCACCGCAAUCGAAUCUAUAUAUUAUUGUGAGAGAAGCAACAAAGCGCAAUCAAAAAGCAUAAAUUUAUUUCGCUCUGAGAACACAAGAAGACGCGUUAGAAAAACAUGACCAAAGCCAUUAGCACAUUAAUUCCAACGGGUAAAUACUAUUGAUUGACGUUCUUACAUGUCACACUUAUUUAUUUGAGAGAUAGAGAGGGAAAAAGAAAUUCCUUUGUUGAAAAGUGUUUUGUUCAAUAAAUAUUUGAAACCGCUGUCGAAAAAGUACUGACGGUAAAUUUGCGCAUUGAGAUAAAUAAUACAAACAAAAAUCCCUAAAAGCUGAAUUUCCAACAACAAAAAAAACGCUGCUAUAAUUAAAACUAUUUGAAAAAAUAAAGUUAGCUUAUAUUUGACGAAAUAUAUUCGCUUACAAAACAUCAUUAGUAUAUUUUUCAAAACAAACCUAAAUAGUAGAGAAAAAGAAAAUACGAUAAAUAGUUCAGUAGCUUAAGUAAGCAAGUCAUUAUGAGGAACUGUAAGAAAUUCUAGUAUAAGAUUGUGAAGCUACACCACAAGAAGCUGAAUAAAUAAUAAAGUAACAAGUAAAAACUUCAAACCUCCAAACAACAACAACAAAAAACUUAUAUCAAAAAACGCGUCAUUCGCCAACCAGAGGAAUGUACAAUGAAACCGGGGUUAGAAUUGAUUGAGUCAGGCCCUAGAGUACCAUACCAUGUUUGAGAUCAUCAUUUAUUUCCAAUUCAAUAAGGGAAAUGUUUCAAAAACACGAGAGGAGUGACGCAAAAAAAAGAAGAAACUCAUUAAAAGUCGUGAAACCAAGUUGUCGAUGCACUAUUAAAAUAAUAACGGUGGGAUGAGGAUAAGGUUACAUUAGAAAACAAAACCAAAAUUUAACUUAUUGUCAUAUAACUCGAAGGUAAACAAACAAAAACAACCGUAGUUAUAAAAUCAAAUCAAUGAAAAGGUGGGCGCAAAAUCCGCAAACAAAAAAAAACAAACCGAUUCUGUAAUUCAUCAUCACUACAUCAUACUUGAGAGUGCAUGCAAACGCGAGAACAGAAAAGCAAAUCUUUCCGAGAGGAAACAAAAAUAGCUUUGAAAUGAAAUCAGAGUGGACUAGAUAAUUGAAAACGACGAUCAGUUACUCGUUGAUGGAAGCGAUGGAUACGCUUUCGAACAACCGCAACUGAAUUGAAUAGCUACAAAGGAUUCGAGAGUUGAACGGAGCAGGAAAUACUGUUGUUGUGGGACGGAAUAGCAAAGAAACAUCCCAUUGAGAUCGUGAGAUGAGCGAACGGAGGAAGAGAACCAUAGAACUCACAGUAAAUUAGCACUCUAAUAAAAAAAAACAAACAGAAAGGUUAUAUAUUUAACUUAAUGUAUAUGUAAUUUUAUGUGUGAUGUAAAAAAUCGGAACAAAUAAAUGCGUUUUAGCCACUAA